AUGACCCCGACAGCCCGACUCGUCGAACCGUUUCUGAGUGUUGUUUGUGACACUGGAAAGAAAACAUACCCGCCAGAGGCUCUCUUUCUCCUCUUCUUCUUCCCCGCGCGUCAGCUCUCUCUCUCUCUCUCUCUCUCUCACUUUCAGUGUUGGGCUGGUGAAUGCUUUUCGCUUUCUCUUUCCAUUUUGGAGAGUAAAUGGAAAUGGGAUUUUGUCCUCCAAAUAUGAAGCUUGGCUUAACAAGUAGUAAGCCAAACAUGAGCUAUCUUUUGCCUCCCAACUGCUUACCUUCUUUUCUGCUUCUUAAAUCUUCCAGCCUACGCUUGAAAACCCACUUCGCAGUUAAGCCUGCCAGCAGGACGAUUCGUUGCGAGUUCGAAGGCAAAGUUAAUGGCGUUCUCUCCGGUGACUCCGACCCGCGCUUCGUUGACCGUCAAAGAGCAUUGGAAGCAGCAAUGAAUGAUAUUAAUAACUCAUUUGGAAAAGGCAGCGUUACAAGAUUAGGCAGCGCUGGUGGAGCUUUAGUUGAAACCUUUCCCAGUGGCUGCUUGACAUUGGACCUUGCCUUGGGUGGUGGUCUUCCAAAGGGAAGAAUUGUAGAGAUAUUUGGACCAGAGAGUAGUGGAAAGACCACUUUAGCACUCCAUGCAAUUGCAGAGGUGCAGAAGCUAGGAGGAAAUGCUAUGCUUGUUGAUGCAGAACAUGCUUUUGAUCCAGCAUAUUCAAAAGCAUUGGGAGUGGAUGUAGAAAAUUUGAUUGUAUGCCAGCCUGAUCAUGGAGAGAUGGCACUUGAGAUUGCAGAUCGGAUGUGCAGAUCUGGUGCCAUUGAUCUUAUCUGUGUUGAUUCUGUCUCGGCUCUCACUCCUAGAGCAGAGAUUGAAGGUGAGAUUGGGAUGCAGCAAAUGGGGUUGCAAGCACGUCUUAUGAGCCAAGCUCUGCGUAAAAUGUCAGGAAAUGCCUCAAAAGCUGGAUGUACUCUAAUAUUUUUGAAUCAAAUAAGAUAUAAGAUUGGUGUAUACUAUGGGAAUCCAGAGGUGACAAGUGGAGGAAUUGCGUUAAAGUUUUUUGCCUCAGUUCGGCUUGAAAUACGUUCUACAGGGAAGAUAAAGUCUGCCAAAGGAGAUGAAGAAAUUGGGCUCCGGGUUCGUGUAAGAGUGCAAAAGAGUAAGGUUUCGAGGCCAUACAAGCAAGCUGAGUUUGAAAUUAUUUUUGGAGAGGGAGUAAGUAAGCUGGGUUGUGUUUUAGAUUGUGCUGAAAUGAUGGAUGUUGUAUUAAAGAAGGGCUCUUGGUAUAGCUAUGGUGACCAUAGGUUGGGACAAGGGAGGGACAGAGCAUUGCAAUACUUGAGGGAGAAUCCUCUUCUUCAUGAUGAAAUUGAAAAGAUUGUUCGGUCGACGCUGACAGAUGGAACGGAAGGGGGACAAGCAAGUUCUCUGUAUUCCAGGAACUUCCCUUUGGCUCAUCAGGAUGAUGAGAUUUUUGAAGAGAUUCAAUGAGAAUAAUCAAUUUUUUCUGCAAUUAUAAAUGUUUCCCAUGUUAAGUGAUGGCAGCAGCAUUGCAAUUAGAUUUUGAGUGCAUCGAUGGCCAUCAAUGAUCAAGAAGUUGACAUUGUUGCUAUUGCAGCUAUGGGCAAGAAAUUAGCAUCA